AUGCCAGAUAUACUAGAAGAUCCACUGACGCCUAAAAAUGGUUUAACAUUAACACCAUUUCAUCUAUUCACAUUAUUACUUUCCUGUUUGACGUUAUUCCUAUCAUCUCUUCGACUUCCAGCACCGUUCGCAUCAGUAUUAGGAAUGUCAAAGCGAGCUUCGUUUUUGUUGAUUUGUUUGAUGAUAGGUCAUCAUAUAGUCAUAUCACAAAUGGCUAAUUACACAAAAUCAAUUGAAAAAGCUCAUAAAGAAGUGAGAGGUCAAUAUGAUCCGUUGAAAAAAAGUAAAAUCGAUAAAAAACCAAAUGACUGGGAAAACCCUUCUGCUCAUCCAUCACAUUUCUUAUCGACCAGAGAUGGGAAACCUAGGUUGUUUCCAUUCCCAUUAGGUUUAGCAGGUGGGAAGAGUUCAACUAAAGGAACUUUAUGGUGGGAAUCAGGUAAUUCUGCUCAUGUUGGUCAUUACAAUCAACGUGAAACUCCAGAAGCGAGAGAACAGCUCCGAUUAGAAAUGGAAUCCAAGGAAAUUGCAAGACAGAAAAAAGCUAAAAAGGCUUUAGAACAAUAUGAAGAUGAUAGGAAAAAAUGGCAAAAGAGAUUAAUUCGUUUGAAGAUGAUCAGUGCGAUUGUCAUUAUUGGUAUAUUCCAUAAGAAAAUAGCUGUCAUGUGUCUAGCAGGUUUGAUAUAUUACAUAUUCGCUAUGGAGUUAGCUGAGAUGCUGAAACCUAAACAUAAAGAAGAAGAUGGUCCAGCAAAGAAAAGAGAGAAGAUACCUACUACUCCAGGUAUGGCAAUGACGUAUAUAUACGAACCGGAUGGUUCCAGUGUGAAAGAAUCAGGUGCUAUACCUACUAAAUCACCUAGUCAUAGGUUGAUGACCAGUCUAGAUAGUCGAUAUGCUUCGUAG